CAAGUAUAUCUUUUUAUUGAUACCAUUUUUGAUAAUAUAUACAGUCUUGAUGUUCGAAUAGGCGAGAUGGAAAGCACUGCAAGUUCCGAGCGACGAAAUCUGACAAGGGAACCGAACGAAAGGAAACGACAUGGGCAUAGGUCGGACAUGUUGUUCAAGUGCUUCCAGGGAGGAAUAGGAUGUACUGAAGUGGGCAAAAAAGACGUGGGUGAUAGUGGGACCAAAGAACAAAAGGAACUUGGAUUGAAAGUACCCAAAAUGUUGAAAGAUCAGAUGUGGAAAUUGGUGCAUGUAUAUCCUGACCAUCGCUGUACUUUAGUAACUGCCAGGCUUGUUAUGAUGGGCCUCAAGUUACGUACUAUUGUUCUGGACAACCUGUCAACAUACAUUUACUGUAUCUACAAAACCGAACCAUGUUACUUUCCAGCCACUAUUGAAACUUUUGCACGCGAUUUUGGUAUGCUUCUCGGGAUAACAUCACAAAUCAAGCAA